AUGCAAUUAUCAGUUCAGUUUCCUUUAGUAUUCUCUGCACUCUGCUGGUCAUGAGGAACUGCACCGCAACAUAUUCUGAGUUUCAAUCAAAAUACUCCGUCGAAGCCUUCUACAUACUGUAAUAAUUCAAUCCGUAGUCUCAGACUCCCAGAUCUCAAUUAUACGUCUGCCUAUUUAUCUUAUCCGAACUCAUCAGACAAGAACAAUUUAUGUUAUCGAGAAAGAAAUUCGCAUUUCUUGGAUUGCUUGAUCGGUACUGUAAUUGCAGACGCAGAUGAUGUCCGUGAUAUGGAGAUGGAGCAAAUUACGAAACGCGGCGCUUCUAACUGUUGUGUCAGGCAGAGGGACGGUGACGACAACUACUUCAGCUUCCCACUUCAAUUCUCAUGGCCGGAGAAGUAGGGGAUUCUUAAACACACUCAAGCGCCGGGAAUCGCUUAUUGGAUUGCAGGAGAGAUACAAGUGGGGCAGCGCUGGUUCCUCCUCCGAGGCAACCAGGCGGAUCAGGGCGGAGGUAGGUUGCCCUCGUUGCUACAAUCAGCCCGAUCUCAUCCUCACGAACCCUACUCCCCUCCUUGCUUCCGAUGCUGUUAGUAACUUUGUCCCCGAUCAAGAUGGUACUAAUUCGAAGAUGGGAGGUUCUAAUCAGGCACAGAAUAAUAUCUGCCCGAAGUGUAAUUCCGCCUACGACAUGGCACCCAUUCAAGGGAGCUUCUUUGAGAUUGAGAGGGUUAAUAAAAAUGGCAAUGUCAAGAAUCCUGGCAGCCGGAUGACCACUGUUGAACAACAUUACCAAAAACCACACAGGUCGUCCUUUUGGGGGGCUCUGAAGUCCUACGGAGGUGAGCCUCCUGAGAAAUGGCCCCCGAACUCGUCACCACCAUCUGAAAAUGGGGUAGCUGUGCAUACUCCUCCAGGCCCACCAUUUGCACCGGGUAUCAAUGUCAUUCGAGCAUCUGCUUUAGGAGGGAAUGACGAUAAGAAUGAGUGGGGUGGGUCUAAUUUGGGUAAGAAUUUACCCACUCCAAAGGAGAUCUGUAGGCGGCUAGAUAAAUUUGUCAUUGGGCAAGAGCGAGCAAAAAAGGUGCUCUCAGUGGCUGUUUAUAAUCACUACAAAAGGAUUUACCAUGCUUCUCUGCAAAAGGGAUCGGGAGGAGAGACAGUGUUGGAAGAUAGUGAAGACAGUGUAGAACUGGAAAAAAGCAAUGUGUUGCUGAUGGGUCCUACGGGCUCAGGUAAGACACUGCUUGCCAAAACCCUAGCUCGGUUUGUGAAUGUGCCGCUUGUUAUUGCUGAUGCAACAACUUUAACACAGGCUGGCUAUGUUGGUGAAGAUGUUGAAUCAAUAUUGUACAAAUUGCUUACGGUUGCUGAUUUUAAUGUAGAAGCAGCACAACAAGGGAUAGUAUACAUUGAUGAAGUUGAUAAGAUAACCAAGAAGGCUGAGAGUUUGAAUAUUAGCCGAGAUGUGUCUGGGGAAGGAGUUCAGCAGGCAUUACUGAAAAUGCUCGAAGGAACUAUUGUGAAUGUUCCUGAAAAAGGGGCAAGGAAACAUCCUCGCGGUGAGCAUAUUCAGAUAGAUACAAAAGACAUCCUUUUUAUAUGUGGUGGAGCAUUCAUUGAUUUGGAAAAAACCAUUUCAGAGAGACGGAAAGAUUCUUCAAUUGGGUUUGGUGCUCCAGUACGUGCUAACAUGAGAACUGUCGGAGUAACUAAUGCUUCUGUGACAUCUUCUUUGCUUGAAUCUGUGGAGAGCAGUGAUUUGAUUGCAUAUGGCCUCAUACCAGAGUUUAUUGGACGAUUUCCUAUUUUAGUUAGUUUGUCGGCACUAACUGAAGAUCAACUUGUUCAGGUCCUUACAGAACCCAAUAAUGCUCUAUGCAAGCAGUACAGAAAAUUAUUCAGUAUGAACAAGGUGAAGCUACAUUUUACAAAUGAAGCAUUGAGAGGGAUCGCGCGGAAAGCAAUGUUGAAAAACACUGGUGCUAGGGGUCUAAGAGCCAUACUUGAAAGUAUAUUAACUGAUGCUAUGUAUGAGAUCCCUGAUGCUCAUGAGGCAGGAGAGCAGAGAGUAGAGGCUGUUGUGGUUGAUAAAGAUUCUGUAGGCUCUGCAACAGCACCUGGGCAUGGUGGUAAAAUACUUCGUGGAGAUGGUGCUUUGGAGGCAUACCUAGCUAAGACUGACUUAAAAAACGAAACGGAGGAAACAGUGGAAAUGGAGGUGCAGGACAGGGAAGCAGAAGUAUCUUCCAGAGCAAUGAGCAUGUAAGCCAUCCAACCACAAGAUCAUCAUGAUUAUUUUGUGUAUGAACUGUACCUUAAUUAUUGUAAAUUUAUCAGUAUCCAUGGCUAGUGUAUUGUUCCUCUUUCAACACAGUUUGAGAGGGUUAUAGUCACCACAGAACACAAUAUAAGAAUAAUAAUGAU